GGGUGGCAAGCCACCUUGUGAGGGGUCCCCUUGCCCUAGAAAUUUCAGCACAUCAAGAAAGCCCUUAUCCAUGUAGGCCUUGAGCAUGGGCUCUGAUGUCAGCCCCUGCGUCCUCCACCCCCGCUCCCUGCUUCCCAGAGUGGCAGACUCACCAAGGCCAGGGCUGUCUACCCACACCUACCCACAGGGCUGAGUACAGCCCAACCAGGUGCCUGCUGCUGGUCUGGAGCACUGCAGCCUGGACAGGUACCAUGAUGGGCACUAUACUCCUCCUGGCCCUGCUCCCUGGGAUGGCCACUGUGCUCAAUGCACCACUUGGUAUGUAGAGACUGGCACAGGGGGCGGGGGCAACAUGUUCCACUUCCCUAUUGUUGUUGCUUCUCAACUUGGUUUUGCACCUGAGUGUAUGUGUGUGUGUGUGUGUGGCGGGGGGGGGGUCCCAUCCCCUUGUCUUUCUCCCAGGCUAGCCCCUCUGCCAGUUUCCUCAAAGUUCUCAACCAGGUGAUGGCAGGGGCUGUGGGUUUGGGGCCAGGUGUGCAAAUCAUUCUUGAGAAAAAAAAAAAAAAACAAAAAAACUGCCACUUGAUAGCAGUCAUUGGCCUGUAUAGAUCAUGUUAGUAGUGUGUGUGCACAUAUGAGUGGGUGCCUGGGUGAGCACAGAGACCAUCCACUAUCAGCUGUUGGUGCUGUCCUCCAUUUGUCUGGGGUCUUGGAUCUCUAUUGAACAGAAAUUCCCAUUCCAGUUGCCUUUUAGGGAGGGUGCCCUCCUGAACACAGCAGAUGGUAGCAUCUCCCUCUCCUUAGUGGCCAGUGGGUCAUAAUGGAUCUCUUAGACUAAGACUUAGAGCAACCUGGACCAGGCAGAGAACCCUGAUUUGAUCUUGCCCAACUGAACUCCACCGUCAUAGGCCCCGUGUAUCCCCAGAUCUCCUUGCUAGUCUGCAGGUGGCCAAAGAGGUCGGAAAAGGAAGGAGCACAGCUUUGUGAGGGUUUGACUACUAGUGGGUAUAUGGUAGUAACUUGGAGAGAAUUAGGCACGCAGCUGAGCUUUGGUUAAAAAAAGAGAGACCACCUAUAAUGCGUCCCUUUUCCAAGAGAGGCAAGGGCUGGAGGUAGAGGCCCUUCCCUGGAAGGAAUGCGUCCUCUUGCUCUGUGCUCCGUUUCAGUACCCCCGUUCCCUGGGGCACCUGGCCCCUGGCUGCGCAGACCCCUUUUCAGUCUGGAUUUAUCAGACACAGAGGACUCGUUCCCUCGCCGCACUGGGCCACUGGAGGUUCCGGCCGACAGCCUUGUGUUUGUGCAGGUGCGGGCGCCUGAAACACCGAGGGUGGGUGGGGAUAAAUGGGGACCAGUCGACCUUGAUGGCGCCUUGGUCCCUCAGGCGGCCCUGGCCCGUCCUUCACCGAGAUGGGGCCUGGCUCUGCAUCGCUGCUCAGUAACGCCUUCCUCACGCCCGGCCCUGGGGCCUGCUCUGGUGCUUCUACGUGGGGGCUGCCCAGCCGACGGCUCUGUCAGCUUCUCACCACCUCCACACCCGGAUGCUGCUCGCCCCAAACGCUUCAGCUUCCGCCUGCGCCCGGUAUUCAACGCCUCAGUGCAGUUCUUGCACUGCCAGAUAAGCCGCUGCCGCCUUCGCAGCCACCGCCACCGAGCUGUCCACCAGACACCGACGUCUCCGAGCCCACCAGCGCCAUCGCAGUGUCUGCCUCAGGGUGAGGCAUGCGCGGGCAGCGGCGAGAGCCUUGGUACCGACAGCCCCCACCUGCACACGCUGACUCAGCCCAUCGUGGUCACAGUACCUCGUCCGCCCCCUAGUAAGCUCGCAAGAUGCCCUGGAACCCGGGUGGGAAAUGCAACUAGGUCCAGGUCCUGGUCUCAGCCUUGUACACAUCCCCUCAGGGCCGUCCAAGAGCCUCCCAGGCAGGGCCGUGGGCCCUCAACCGCCCUCUCCAGUCGCCGCAGCCCUGGAGCCUGCACCAGUGGUGGCGUUAGUGUUGGCGGCAUUCGUGUUGGGUGCUGCGCUAGCCGCUGGGCUCGGUCUUGUCUGCGCGCACUCAGGUACCGACUUCUGUCCCGCCAGAACCCUACACCUAUUUCCAUAGGUCCAGACAGCUUAUCCCCCAAUACCCGCACCCUCCACCCCGCAGCGCCCCACAACGGUGAACUCUCUUGGAUCUGGCCCUCAGGGCUAGUACAGUACAGCAUCUCCCACCAGGGGGUGCGCUUACCCUGGCGCAGUGGAGAGGCAACCCUUAUUCUAGCCAGCUGCUUCUUUCAGCACCUCCAGCCCCAGGCCAGCCUCCUAGAGCUUCGCCCAGCGGCCCUCAGCUCCAGAGUCCCUAGUAGACAGGUAAGUACCGGGAGCGAAGAUCUGGAGCAAGAGCUAGAAGGAGGAGGUGGUGGUAAGGAUCCUUCGUAGCGUUUACUCAUUGGGCUCCCAAGUAGUUUGUAUAUUCAUUUAAUAUUUCGAACAACCUUUAGGUGGCUGCUUUUAUAAUGUCCAUUAGAGAUUUUAAAAAACGAGGCACUUUACGAGGUUAGGUAACUUGCCAGAGAUGGAGCUGGACAUAGAAUUUGGGGGAUGGGAUCACCAGCAGUAAAGAAAGGGGGUCCUUAAGAUUUGAGCAGGCACUAGGUAAGACUUAGGGAUUUAGACACAUUUCCUACCUAGUCUCACACCGGUGCAUAGACUGAAGCCAAUGCCUGCUGGGAAAAUGUUGGGACCUGAGCAGUGUUCUCUCAGGCUGAGCCUCUGCCACGCCCUCUCUAGAGUUGGCGAAACCCAGUGAAGUCCUGAGAUGUAUCCAGCCAUGGAUUCAGAGCCCUUUGAGAGGACUCCUCCACAUCUCUCCUCCCUCCCCGCCUUCUCAUCCCUACUCCUCUGGUUCAAAAUAAAUUGAUGACCUGCC